AUGGAACCUGGAUAUAUCACAGUUGGAGUCGUCUCCUACACCUUAGGAUCCAUAAUAGGAUUCGCUUCAUUUGCCAUGGGCUUCAUGAUUUACGUCCUCAUUCAACACCUUAAAGCUCUUCGAAAAGACAUCCGCAAGGAUAGAAAAAUUAUUAAGAAAGCAAAGAUUCAAGCACUGCUUGAUGGAACACAGGUAAGGAUGGAAGCUAUGCUUGCCCAAACAGAGGCGGGUCUUGAAGAAGUGCAAAAGGAGGUCGUUGAUACGCAUCCUAGGAAGGACAGACAAGACGAGAGUAUUGAUGAGAAGUCACCUGCGCCAACCACUAGUCUUGACGAUCAAAUUCUCGAGCUCACUACCAUGAUUGCCGAACUGAAGAGAACGAGCGAAGAGGGUGAUGCUAAGUUUGCCGCAAGUGAAAGUAAGGUUGUUAAACUUAAAGCCGACUCAUUACAACAGGAGGCGAAUAACACUUUCAACCAUCAACCUGAGCUUUUGGAAGAUCAUGCAAGAUUUUGCAAACGCGAAGCAAACCUAGUCAAACGCGAAGCAGCCGUGUUUAAUCAUGAAAAGGACCUGGUCGAACGUGAGAUAGACCUGGUUAAACUUGAAACAGAACUCGCAAAUCGUGCAGCAGACCUUGUUAGUAAUGACGCCACACCUUCCGCGACUUUCGAGCUAAAUAUAAGGCUUCUUGCUGACAAGGCUGAACUUGAAGCCCAGGUCGUUAAGAUUGAAUGCGAGGUCAGGCAAUAUAGAGACCAGCUUAGCGCAAGCGAAGCUAGCCGUGAGCGGCUUCUUGAUAAUGUUGACGAGCUUAAUGCUGAAAACGCCGAAUAUAGAGACCAGGAUUCCAAACGCGAAGCAGAAUUUGCUAAGCUUCGAAGUGAGGUUAUCCCACCGGGCGAGGAAAUCUCCUUUCUCAAGUCGAAACUUGAGGAGCUCCACGACAAGGCCAUUAAGUUCGACCAAACGAAGCGAAAGCUUGCUGAGAAAGAGAGCUAUUGUGAAAGAAUACAACGCGCAGAAUGUUUGUAUUUCAUUCGUUCUCAGAUCUGCCUCGACAGGUUAGUUCAGUCCGCUCACAGCGCGGACAUCUUACGAUCAAAGCUGAAGCUGUUUGUAGAUGGGAUAGCCAAUGCUACAAGGUUCCCCGCAGACUCCGACCCCCGUUUUUUGCUCAAGACGAAAAUAGAGAGAGCCUACGAGUGGUUAGAUGAUUGGAGAAAUCGUGCUUUGUUGCGUUAUGACUCGAGUGGAUUUAUCCUUUUUGAAGACUUGGAUAAUAAUGAAUCUGAACACUUUGACGAGAUCUCAGAGUCUUCUAGUAAGAAUGCUCCUUCUCAAACUCCUCUUUCCGAAAAGCCACAAGAAGUUUCUGUCGCCGGUUCCUCUGAGGAUUCUGGUUCUCACACCCCAGUUUCCGAAAAGUCUGAUGAUGAGUUUGUACCUAAUUCUUCUGAGAACGCUGCUUCUCACAUCACGGUUUGA